UCUCAUCAUGGCGGCGCGGAGCCAUGUGCAGGACCCCAACGACCGGCGCCUCCGGCCCAUCUACGAUUACCUUGAUAAUGGCAAUAAUAAAAUGGCAAUCCAGCAGGCAGACAAGCUGCUGAAAAAACACAAAGAUCUUCACUGUGCGAAGGUUUUGAAAGCCAUUGGCCUGCAGAGAACUGGGAAACAAGACGAAGCAUUCACUUUGGCUCAAGAAGUAGCAGCCCUUGAACCCACGGAUGACAAUUCAUUACAAGCUCUCACUAUCCUUUACCGGGAAAUGCAUAGACCGGAGCUGGUGACGAAACUCUACGAGGCAGCUGUGAAGAAGGUCCCCAGCAGCGAAGAGUAUCACUCCCAUCUCUUCAUGGCCUAUGCAAGGGUUGGAGAAUACAAGAAGAUGCAACAGGCUGGAAUGGCACUUUAUAAGAUUGUACCAAAAAACCCUUACUAUUUCUGGUCGGUGAUGAGCUUAAUCAUGCAGUCUAUAUCUGCAAAGGAUGAAAACCUCUCGAAAACCAUGUUUUUACCACUAGCGGAAAGGAUGGUAGAAAAAAUGGUGAAGGAAGACAAAAUUGAAGCUGAAGCCGAAGUCGAGCUGUAUUACAUGAUUCUGGAACGUUUGGAGAAAUAUCAGGAAGCCCUGGAUGUUGUGAGAGGAAAACUAGGAGAGAAGCUGACAAGUGAGCUCCAAAGCAGAGAGAUCAAAUGCAUGGAGAUCCCAGAUGACUGGCAGUUCUAUAUAAUUUACUUUGACUCCAUCUUUCAACUGAUCGAUGAAGCCUGGACGCCUCCGGCUGAAGGCGAGCACUCUCUGGAGGGUGAAGUGCAUCACAGUGUAGAACAGGCCGUGACUUUCGUAGAGCAGAGGAUAUCGAAAGAAGCCAACAGCACUCGGCCGCUCCGGGGACCGUACCUUGCCCAGCUGGAGCUGAUCAGACGCUUGCGGCACAGAGGGUGCAGUGAGGAACACAAGCUGGGCAGUCCAGAUGAGCUCAUGUUUGAGUAUUUCAAACGAUUUGGAGAUAAACCCUGCUGCUUUACUGAUCUCAAGGUGUUUGUAGACCUCCUCCCAUCAACCCAGUAUACAAAGUUUAUCAACCAGUUGUUAGGCGUCAUCCCUCUGUCGGCACCAUCGGAAGGCAAACUCGCGCUGCCCGCUAACAUCAAGGCUUUGCAACAACAUUUGUGUGUGGUGCAGUUGACGAGGUUACUUGGCCUCUACCAUGCCAUGGACAGAGCCCAAAAACUGGGGGCCGUCCGGGAUCUGAUGCUGCGGUAUCGGCACGGGCUGGAGUUUGGAAAAUCCUGUUUGAAAACAGAAUUGCAGUUUUCAGACUACUACUGUCUACUUGCUGUUCAUUUGCUCCUGGACAUCUGGCUAGAGGCAGGUGAAGAGCCGGCUGCCUGGCAGUGCUUGACUUUGCUAGAAGAAGGGCUGACUCACAGUCCCUCAAACGCUCAGUUCAAACUGCUGCUCAUCCGAAUCUACUGCAUGCUCGGGGCGUUUGAACCAGUUGUGGAGCUCUACUCCAGCCUCGACGCAAAGCACAUACAGCACGACACCAUCGGUUACUUGCUGACACGCUAUGCCGCGGCCCUCGGUAACUACAUUGCUGCAUCGCAGUCCUGCAACUUUGCGCUCAGGUUUUUUCACUCCAACCAGAAAGAUACCUCAGAAUACAUUAUUCAAGCUUACAAAUAUGGUGCAUUUGAGAAAAUACCAGAAUUCAUCGCUUUCAGGAACAGGCUAAACUCCUCGCUUCACUUUGCACAAGUCCGCAUAGAGCGGAUGUUGUUGGACCUCUUACUUGAAGCAAACAUAACAAUGAGUUUGGAAGAAAGUAUAAGGUCGAUGAGUCUGAGUCCGGAAGAGGACGACAUUCCCUGGAAUGACUUGCGCGAUAACAGAGACCUAACUGUCCUAUUCAACUGGGACCCAAAAGACAGGGGCAUUUCCGAAGAGCAUCGAAAACUCUCCCUGGAGGAAGAGACCAUCUGGUUGCAGAUCCGGUCUUUGACGCUAAGGCUGAUAAGCGGCCUGCCGGCUCUCGGCCACCAUGCUCACCCAAAGAACUCUGAAAAGACCACGGAGAACGGCGUUUCCUCCAAGAUCGACACGAUACGGGCUCUCCUGCAGCAGCUAGACGUGGCAGUGAAUUCUGGGAAGCAGUUUCUGGAGCAGAAGGUUCAGUACCCGGUCCUUGGCCCUCCUCCUUCCCGAAUGGCCGGCUUCUUCAGCAGUGGGAGCUGCCAGUGUCAGACCACCUUGUUCUACCUUGUUAGUGAAAUCUAUGAACUCGAUACCAAUGGCUUAGAAGAUUCAACAUUAAUUCAAGAGAGAAUAGGGAACAGCUUUAAAUUGUUGCUUCAACAGCUAACAGAUCUGUUCAAUAAAUGCAAAGGUGACUUACUGGAAGUCACAGAGGGCAGCUUCACAAGCCAUCCAAACAUCUUAGAAAACCUUGUCUUCUUCCUUGAGACAAUCUCCAUUGUCCUGUGGGUGUGUAGUUACUCUGAUGCAGUCCUCCGGCCUUGCAGAUCAAACUUGCAGAAGAAGAAAAAGAAGAAAAAAGACAGCAUCGCAGCCAUGCCCCCAGUGUUUUCCAGCUUCCAAGACUACAUCUCUGGGCUCCAGACACUCACUUCCAAUGUGAUCGACCACAUCAAAGGGCUUGAAGUUACUCUAACUGCACUUAAACUUGAAGAGCUGUCCAUAGAAGACACUUUACUGUCACCGGAAGAAAAGAAGUUUACAAAGACUGCGCUAGUGAAGGUCCAGAACAGUUACCAGCAUUCAAUUCAAGAAAUUGGUGAACUGCUGAGAAAAAGACUCGAUAGUAUCAAAAACCUGAAGGUUUGAGGAAGCGCCUCUCGGGCACCAGACACCGGGCACCGCUAGGCAAGAAUCGACAUCUGCUGCCAUACUUUGAACGUUGAAAAUCUGGAACUUCCUCAUAAAUGCAUGAAGGACUUUGAUCGUAAAAAUAGUUUUUUUAUGUAUUAAAAAAGAUAUAUUCAAGCCGAUUUAAAUUAUUGUACAUAGAACCAGAAGCAGGGACCCUCCUCAGUCAGGGUUAGACCACUUUUUAUACAUGUUCAUAAGCCUAUUGUAACAGAAACAAAACGAACCCCAAUCUGUUUCAUUUUCCUUGGUGGUGGGGGAGCGUUCUCCAGAAACUCUUUGGGGGCUUGAAGUCUUUAGAAGCAGCAAUAGAAAAUCCAGUGUAAAGCAUAUUUCAAAGGAGUUUGUAUUUUUCCAUUGCACAAUGCCGUGUUUAUAGUUUUGUGUGUGGAUUUUUUUUUGCCUUAGAAAAAGCAGAAUUCCCAGAGGCCUGUGUUCAGCUGUGGAACUCUUUGGGUGUUUCUUUCCACCACAACAUCUGCUUUGGUUAUGGAGCUGGCUUGUCUGACUCAUAUAGCCACCCUCACAACCACUGCUGGGUAAAAGUGCUACCUAAGUUAGUUUCAGCUUUUAAGACCACAGAGUCUCCUUUUCCACCCGGUCGGAGGAAAGGAGCAACAUUGGAGAAGGUUCUAUAAAUGUACAGGUUACUAAAGAUGAAAUAAGAAUUGCAAAAGGAAUUUGUAAGCCUGUAUGAAAGUUUUAACUUUCUAAACUUCAGAUCAACAGAAGUCAAAGUGUCAUUGGUCACACACCUCGAGACCCAUCUCUGCUCUUGGGCAGUUUCAAAUAGUAUGAUGAAGGAGACAGGGUGUAUAAUUUGAGCAGUGCUUCCUUGUAAUUCUUUCAUCUGGACUAGAUCCUGAUCACUUUUGCGAAAGGCGCA